UAAAUCCCAGCAGUGGACCAUUAAAUGUAUUUAUGAGGAGAAAGAUAUUGAAAUACAAUAUAUUAGCGACAAAGACAAGAGGAGGGUAUCGAGUGGUUGUGAGUUGUGCUAAAAAUAACAGCUAAAUAGCUCUUAAUCCACACAAAAAUUUGUUGUUUUUGCAUAAUCGUACGAAUUCUCGUGUGUAGGAUAUAAAUUCGCAAAAUUUUUCUGAAAAUUCCAAGAAAUAAAAAAGUUAUGAGUGGCUUAUGGGGUGCUUAAACCAGAAUUCCGCCCAUCCACUUUCUCACAGCCACCCACUAACCAUUAUGUUUGAUCCUUUCUCUCUAGAAUAUUGGCUUUUAGAACCUCUCCACCCUGCUUAUAUCUUUUUCCUGCAUGUGUUUUGAAGACAAUGUCUCUCUUGUCCACUUUCAGCGUAUCUCACUUUCGCAUAAUUGGAUCAUGUGUCGCAAGCUGUGGUGAUAAGUUGUUUCGCUCCGUAAACUGUUAGACUCACGAACUUAUUAUGAUUAAAAAAAAAUUUCCUGUGUAUGUCGACGCAGACCAUUACUAGUUUUCUCUAAUUCUAGUAUUUAUUUUCACUUUCCCAUUCAUUAAAUCACGCAGUCCUGGAUAUUAUGUUCAAAUUAAAGACAAAAUGACUGCGGUUGAAAUAUUUAGAAUUCUAAAAAAAAAUUUGUUUUGAAUUACAAACUGUGUCCACUCUUUAGCGACAAAAGAAGGGGAAAUUAAUUCUCCAGUUUCCUCGUUUAUUAUUUUCCCGCCUUCUUUCGGUUUUUAUAACUAAAACUUGAUUUGCAAGAAGUAUUUGCAGUAAUUAUAUAACUAACUAAAGCUAUUACCUUUGUUUGGGGUGUUACUAAGCGGAAGUGAAAUUGUUGUCAGAGUUGAAAGCUGUAACACUUGUGAUUGCGGAAACGUGAUGCAGUAACUUCGAGGAAUGCAGUAGCCCUGAAAUAAUGAAUGACAAUUCACAAAAUGAUUCACAAGGAACCUCACUGUGUGGAAUAACAUCAUCUUUAGCAGCUAAAAGAUCUAGACGUAUCAAACGGCAAGUUCAGUUACGCAAAACCAUUAACUGGGGCAGCUUCGAUGAUGGUUUCCCAAACAUUUUCAUUUCUGAUGUUAAAUACAUGGCAGGCAAAGAUGUCAUUUUCCUUGGCAGUUUCCACUCACCUGAGAUCAUAUUUGAACAACUUUCCGUUCUUUAUAUGUUUCCAAGAUAUCGUGCAAGGUCAUUCCAUUUUCUGUUGCCAUAUUUUCCUACUGGAACAAUGGAACGAGUUGAGAAUGAGGGUGAAAUACCUACAGCAAAGACUUUGGCCAGCCUAAUGUCUCAUAUUCCAUUUACUACAAAAGGACCAGCACAGAUAACAAUAUUUGACAUCCAUGCCCUUCAGGAACGCUUUUACUUUUCUGACACGGUCAUUCCAAGACUGGAGUCUGCCAUUCCUUUGGUGAAACUUGAAUUGGAGAAUGUGUUUGGCUCUAAUAACUACACAGUAGCUUUCCCAGAUGAUGGUGCCUGCAAACGCUUUCAACGUUAUUUUCCCAAUGCAGACACCAUAAUCUGCAACAAGACGCGAAAUGGUUCAAAAAGAAUUGUUCAAAUUAAAGAUGGGAACCCAAAGGGAAAAUCUGUCAUCAUAAUUGAUGAUUUGGUUCUAACUGGAGGAACUUUGAAAGAAUGUGGCAGGAUUUUGCUUCAACAUGGUGCUAUUUCUAUCAGUGCUUAUGUAACUCAUGCUGUUUUUCCUAAAGAUUCUUGGAAGAAUUUUGUUGACAGUGAUAUCUUUGAUAACUUCUGGAUCACAGACUCCAUACCACAUGCCCUUCAACUUGCUCAACAUAAACCUUUCAAGCUGCUUUCCCUUUGUGAUGCCAUUGCUGACUGCCUUCUGGGAUAUGAUCUGUUACCAUGAUCUCCUCUCACUUAUCAGUAGCUAUUUUUUGUCUAUAAAUUUAUUUGCUCAUCUUUAAUUUAUCAGACAUUCUUAACCUCACACAGAUUAUGGAAAUGAAGAAAAUGUACUUAAUCAUCUUAUAACUUUGUCAUUAUGUGCAAAAACAUUAUACUAUAUGUUGAUACCAUUAUUUUGUUUGAAGUAGAAGCUAUUUAAAAUUUUUUUUUGUAAUUAUUAACUUAAAGAAAGGUGAGAUUGAUAUAACAAUUGAUCAAUGGUAGAAUGAGAUAAAAUGAAUCAAGGAAACAAUUCUAUUUAACCCAUAAUAAAGUGAAAAA